AUGGCCAACCAGAUGCCCGUGAGGCUUCCAAAAUGGCUCAAAAAGCUUGAAGGAAAAUCCAACUGGUCCACUUGGCGCAAGGGUCUUCAUGAAGCGUUUAUGGCGGUCGAUCCCGUUUCCUGGGACGUUAUCAUGGACAGACUCAGUGACACCAUCAUCAAGCAAGAGCCAACGACUACCAGAGGGGCAGAAAGUGUCGAUCUAUUAUUCGUGGAGCAAGAUGAUUCUCGCAAUAUCGACAAAGAAUACUCCGGUACCAACGUAGAUCUCCAUAGCGACUUAGACUCCGAAACGGACUCGGACCCCGAAACCGAUGACGAGCCCGUUAUCACUGUGACACGACCUGUGGCACAAUCCGUUAGAAGAAAUGCACAUCCUCCUGCGCUCAACAAACACAACCCUAGAGAUCGGCGCAAGCUGAACAUCCGUGCUCGGGAUCUUCUUGCCUCGGGUCUUGGCAGGGAACCACUGGCAGAGAUCGAGCGAGUCAUGGAUGCACAUGAAGCAUACGUCAAGCUCGAGAGUCUUUACGGCAAAACGUCCGCCCAGUCUGUCCACAUUGCCUGGAAAAAGUUCAGCAGAGUCCGUUACUCUACUCGUGGUCUCACUCCCGCUGCUUUCGUUGAUCGCUUCCAGAAGAGUCUCCGUGAUGUCAAAGACCAGUGUGUGGAGGUUCCGCCUACCGUGGAGCUUGCCCAGUUUCAGCAGGCGAUCAAACCAAAUCCAAACUCGACUAAAUUCAUGGCGGACAUGAAAGUGGAUAUUUAUGAUCAAAACUUUAUGGAUGAGGUAUACGCAGAAUUCCUCAAAGAUCAGGCGCCAAUAUGA